UAGGUGAAAAUUAUCGCCGCCAGGAGCAGCCUUACUGCCACCAUGGUUGAAAUGAUUUUCUGUCGGUGACGAGCAGGGAGUGUAUUGUUGCUUGUCAUCAGCGGCGGCAUCUUAUCCGUUUUCUCGUGCGGGGUGUAGUACUGUCGAUACGCGCAGUCAAGUUUGUGUUGGCCUUCAACAGCUUCGCAUCAGCACGGCUUCAUCAGCCAGUGGGCUCGGCCGCGAGACCGGAAGAUGGCCGCUAUCCGGAAAAAGCUUGUGAUAGUGGGCGAUGGAGCCUGUGGAAAGACCUGCCUUCUCAUCGUGUUUAGCAAGGACCAGUUUCCUGAGGUUUACGUCCCGACUGUUUUCGAAAAUUACGUGGCUGACAUCGAGGUGGACGGGAAGCAGGUGGAGUUGGCCCUGUGGGACACGGCAGGCCAGGAGGACUAUGACCGGCUGCGGCCACUGUCGUACCCAGACACGGACGUUAUCUUGAUGUGCUUCAGCAUCGACUCUCCCGACUCCCUGGAGAACAUUCUCGAGAAGUGGCACCCGGAAGUCAAACACUUCUGCCCAAGCGUCCCCAUAGUCCUGGUUGCCAACAAGAAGGACCUGCGAUCAGAUCCGGCGACAAUCAAGGAGCUGGCGAAAAUGAAGCAGGAGCCUGUGAAGAGCGAGGAGGGUCGUGCCAUGGCGGACAGAAUCAGCGCCUUUGGCUACCUCGAAUGCUCGGCUAAGACUAAGGAGGGCGUGCGGGAGGUGUUUGAGAUGGCCACAAGGGCAGCCUUGCAGGUCAAGAAAAAAAGAAAGAAGAGGUGCUCUUUGAUGUAGGCUGCUGCCACAACCUCUCCCCCUGCCGCUUGCACAGACUGGCAGCCACAAGCAACAAAUCCUUCUCUCUACUUGCUUUUUUUCACUCCCGUUAUAUGCUGUUUUUGCCAAACUGCCACGAGUUUUUGCCCUUUGCGCACAACUGCCACAAUCUUGUGGUUUUUGCCUUCUCCUGUGUGGUCAUUAUGGCUGUGCAAGUUCUCAUUUUCCCGCUUAGGAUCUUUUUUUGGUAGUACAACGUGUCAUGUUUAUCAACAGCUGUUGCAAAGCAUUUUCGCUCCUCCAGUCUAUUGGGAGGAAGUUGGCCACUCUUUGAACCUGGUUAUGUACUCAAACCAUUAGUGGAGGCUCCUUCCUUGAGAUGCCAAGUGACCCACUUGCGCUUCGCCAGUCACACAUUUUUCAUCCUGACUCGUGCCUUCUUGCUACACCUUUGCUAUGUGCUGUUUGUUGCUCAAAAUGCAGCAUGAUGCCCUGUGGCCAAAUUGACUAGCAGAUCACACCAACUUGAGACUUCUUUUUGUGUGUGUUUUAAGAUCGCGGUUUUGCGCGUUUUGCUUGUACUGCUCUUUAUUUUUAUGGCAUUCAGUGUCAGCAAACAAUGUUAGCUUUCCUUUCCUUCUACUGUGAGAUCAUGACUUUGUCGUUAAAGAGCAGCUUGAUGCUGGCCACCUUUUUUUCCCCAAAUCUUGUGUAUGAUCUCCUUGGUUGAUGAAUAAAUGUUGUCUUAAAGCCUUUGAUAAUGAUUUGAAAUAAAUGUGUUAACUGUAUCUAUGAA